AUGAUGAAUGCAGAGUUCUUGCUGUCGAAGGCCAUGGUCAUGGAGCUCACAGCUGGUGACAAGGUCGUUCUGGCUGGUGUGCACGAGCAUGCCCUCUAUUGGACAAACAUGGAAGGGAAGGGAUACACAAUGUGUUCAUCCUGCAACGAGAAGCUAGGAAUGAAAACUGGUGGGUUCGUGUGCCUGCAGUGCCGAAACUGUGAGCCGGGAAGGUACGGCUUCGGCGGUUUUCAGAUUUGUAUGCGAUGUUACCGGAAGCAUUCUAUAAAGGUCGGAGAUUCAAGCUCGGCGGCCGGCGUUGGAAUAUUGAGGGGUGACAGGGGCCCGAAGGUCGCUCAGAAAUUGACCGUUGUCCAGUACAUCCGUCGCCUCAUGACAAUGAUCCCGCCCGCGGCUGGUUUUGUCUCGCUAUUUGUUGUCUGCGGUAGCCAGUUCUUGAACACAUAUAUUCCCAGUGCCCAGGGUGACUGCAUAACCGCUCUCGUGAACGGUGAUGAGGGUAAGUUCGACGAACGAGUGCUGGUGUUCGCGGUCUUGGUGUUCGCUUCUGCAGUGAUGGGUUAUGCGAUGACCGUGGACUGCUGGCGCCUUGGCAUCAUGAAAAGAUACGUGUGCACAGUUCAGCGCAUCGUCUUCUCGGACAGCGAGACGCUCACGAGGCCGAGUGCGGGCGAAGGUGUGGUCCACUUGCGGUACAUGCCGGUUCUCCCUGCCGACACCAUCAUCGUCUACGGCGCGCAGGGCGGCGCGGUCGAUGCGGUCAUAGUGGACAUGAAGAGGACCGCUAUUGGCACUGGCGAGAGCCAGCCAAGCGCCAAGAGAUUCCGACUUGACAGCCAGACGCCGCUCGCGGAACGCAACGGCGCGCCCGUGACGGCCGCUACGUCCGCAGAUCCGAUGGCGCCCGUCGCCCCAGGCGUCACUGCAGGCACGCUGCCGGGAGACGCCCUGGCGCGGCGCGCGCCCCGGCGCGCGCCGUCGGAUGUCUUUGUGGGCGGCCAGGCCGCCGUGGCGCGGAAGCCCCAGAUCCUGUCCGCCAGCGUCUUCUACCUCCGAGCUCACUGGCGGCUCGCCGACCGCGUGGGCGCCCGCGCCCCCAAGUUCGGAGAGACGAUCGCGGCCGCGCAGGCGACGCAGCUGCUUCCUCGCGGUGCGAUCCUGGCGAUCGACCUCGAGGCGCAGUUGGCUGCAGGGGCUGCGCAGGUUUCGCCCGCGCCGAGCAUUGGCGACGGCGAGGGCGACGACGGCUCGGGCCUUUCUGCCUUCGAGCGGAGCCUGGCGGCGGAGCUCGGGGGCAAGACGGGGCAGGACGAGCUGGAGAGCUUCGACGCGGCGUGGGAGAGCGACGUCGCUGUCGAGGUCUGCGUCGCCGAGCCCGCCGCGGAGCCCUGCCCCCCCGCGGGGCCACGGGCGCGCUGGCGGUCAGGCGCCCUGCCGCGCCGGUCGCGGCGCACGCCGCUGCGGGGCGGGGCCGCGCCGUACGUCCCCCUCAGCCUGCGGAGCUGCGUGGCGACCGCCGAGUCGGUGGUCGAGGCGUUGGGCUGCGGGCCCCUGGCUCUUGCGGACAGGGCAGGCCGUGCGCCGCUGCCUCCCGACUUGGGACAUGCUCGCGCAGAGCGUGAUGCUGGCGGUCGUGCCAGCGUGGACGGCAUGGCUGAUGCCAGCGAUGCUGGCUCUUCGAGGCCGUCUACGCGUGGGCCCGUCGAGUACGCCGACGACGUCGCGCCGCACCUGGGCGGUUGCUGCGUCGUCAGCGACGACAUCGUGGAGGAGCCCGUGGGAGGCUCGGCCAUCGAGCACGCCGUCGGCAUGGAGCCCCUGGUCGCGGACUCCGUCGGCUGCACCGCGGGCGAUGGCCACUCGGGCUCGGAGUGCGGUUUCGUUUCUUUCCUGGGCGACUUCUCGGUGGCGGCGGUGGCGCGCGCGGCCCAGGGGCCGAAGUCGGGGGUUGAGUCACUCCUGGACUGGGCCGAGGCCCGCGCCCUCAGCGUCCGCCUCGGCAGUGCAGCAUUCACGGUGCAGAGGCGCGACCAGUCGGCCAGCUCGGCAGGGGCCAUGGCGCGCUCCCCACGCGGCUGCGGCGGGGGCAGCAGGCGCAGCAUGUCUUACUGGAUGUGCAGCUGCGGCGAGUGGAACUGGGGAUGGCGCACCGCGUGCCUCGGCUGUGGGGGCGCUGCGCCGCCCUGGGCUUUGGAGUCAGCGGCCGCCAAGGCGAAGCCCCAGGCUGACAAGGCCCGCAGGGCUGCCACGAGCGCGGCCUCCACCAAGUCGCGGACCUCGGCGUCAGCAGCCAGUGAGACGCCCAGCGGCAGCAGUGCCACGGCGAUCGAGAGGUUGCAGGCGACAGUCGCGCAGCUGGAGGCGCUGCACACCGAGCCGCCCGACGGGGUCGACAGCUGUUUCACCGACGUCGUCGGCGGCCAGCUGGAGGCCAAGCGCGCAGAGCUGUUCGAGGCGCAACGGGCAGCAGCGGAGCAGAAGGCGCCCUCCCUGCCGCUGUCGACUCAGCUCCACAAGGAGGCGAACGCCAUCGGCAAGGCUCAGAAGCGGCUCCGAGCGGCACGCCUGGGCCUGGAGCAGAAGCAGGCGGCGCGCAACAUCGCCGAGGCACAGCUCCAGAAGGCCCAGGAGGAGCUGGCGAUGCUCGACGCAGGGGUGGAGGAGGCCAGCCGCGCACUCCAUGCCCUCGAGGAAGCAGCCCGCGAGGAGGCAGAGGCGCAGCAGCGCCAGCGCGCCGUCGAAUGGGCAGGAGCCAGCCAGGUUCCAGGGCUCCUCAUGCAGUUGGACAAGCUACCCGAGGCUUGGGGCUCCAGCAACUUCGACGUGGCUUGGGCAGCCAUCCGUGCCCAGGUGGAAGCAGUGCGCGCGCUGCUCGCAGAGGCCCCCGCAGGCCCGAAGAGAGCGCCCUGGGCUGAGUCCUGCCCCAUGGGCGACUUCAGCAGCGAGGAAGGCGACCACGCAGGCGGCAGCAGGCCCUGGCAGCCGCAGUGCGCCGCAGUGCGCGGCCAGGCCGAGCAGCACGGCGACGCGCGCGGCGAGUGGCCGAAGGUCGCCCAGGCCUGCAAGCGGGAGCUGGCAGCCGAAGCUGCUGACCUGGGCCCUCUUGCUGCUUGCUCUGCUGGCCGAGCCGCUAGGCCUCGGGAGCGCGCAGGCCCCACCGACGCCGGGCCGAGCAGCGACGCCAGCUCAGGCCUGCAGCAGCUGGCCCGCUCGCUGUAUCGGCAGGACGCCCUGGGGCCCAAGGACGUCGACCUCUGCAUAUCCACCGCCUGCGGCGACACGGUGCUCUCGGCGUGCCUGCCUUGGUCUACGCAUGGCAACUUCAGCGCUGAGCCAGGGGCGCUGCAGGAGAGAAUGGUGUCUCUGGAUGCGAGACCAGAUGCCGCGGUGCAGGUGCUGGUCGGCCCAGGCCGUCUCCCCGAUAUCAGCGCCGCAGCGUGCCGACCCUGCAAAGGCACUGCAGUCCGGGUGCGCCGCCGCGUGGGGUGCACUCGCUGGCAGGUGGAGUCCUGCUGUUGGCCCUGGGUACUUGGCUCCCUCCCGAGUGCCUUAGACGAAGCAGUUCGCCAGUGGGUCAAGGUCGUUGGGGGCGCCUUGGUGGGGAUCCACGGCGCCGACGUCGGCGACCUGUCUAGGGACCCUGUUCGGUCCGAAGGGCCCAAGGUUGGCCUCAGGCCCCUCUGCGCCGUGGCCGAGCGAGGGCCCCGCCACCGGCGCUCGGCCCGCGCCCGCGCCUUUCGCCAGGCCCUCGGCGGCGCGAUCCAGGGGCUCACGGCUGACGGGAAGCAGCGGUUGCAGCCCAUGCGCGUGGCCUGGUGCUUUCGGCGGGUGGAGCGCCUAUCUGGCGGCGUGGAGGCAGCCGCCGCCGUAACCUGUGAGGGCGACGAGGUCGAAGCCCACGAGCACGGCAACAGCGAGUGGGGCGACCGCAUUGGCCAAGCUGGUGUGCAUGAGCGCCCAGAGGCCCUGGCAGCGCUGCAGCGUUGCCUCGCGGGCUCCCAGAGGCGCGACGGCAGCAAGUGCUCGGCGUCCUGGAGCAGAGCUGCGGCCAAGGAGGCUGUCCAUAAGGGCGACAGGCUCGCCCGCAGGCCUGCCAAAGCCGCGCCGCCCCCGCAGGUGGAAGACCCUGGCGCUGGCGGGCCUGUGGCAGGCCUGCUGGCAGCUGGGCAGCUGGAGGCCAACUGGCAAGCCUGGCGGCAGCAGGAAGGCGCCAGGGCAGGAGCUGGAGUCGGAUGCUGGGAUGUCCAAUGUUGGACACUGCAGGCCCUCAGCCUGGAGAUGCCGCAGGCGGUGCGCAAGCGUGACUCGCCGACGGCGGGCCUUGACGCCGAGCAGCUCACCGCGUUGGGUGCAGGGCUCAUCGGCACGCCUGACGUCAACGAGGAGGAGAUCGCGGCAUGCUCCAAGGGCGGCGCCUGCACGGUGCUGGGAAGCCGCUCGGGGGCUGCGCCUUGCUUCAAUGAGCGGCACCCAGACGGCAAGACAGACAAGUCAGGCAGGAGCCAGCGCAGCGUGUGGCUGCGGGCACUCCAUCCUGGAGGCAGGCCACGAGCUGGCAGGCGGAGAGCGAAGGGAGAAGGCAUCCCAGCGCUGCAUGCCCAGGAGCGGUGCCUGGAGUGGCUCGGCAUCGCAGCAGAGCUAGCUGUCUGCGCUUUGUCCGCUGCGAGCGGCGCGGGCAGCGCUCCAGCGGCCGCCGCUGCGUCUGCGGCCGCCGCGGGCAGCCCGUGCAAGGCCCCUGCGGCUGCGCCCGCGGCAGCGGCCGCUGCUUGCCAGCCCCAUCGGAGUCCUACUACGGCGAGAGCUGGGCUCCUCGGCGCCUUCUGGAUCACCGAGGAGGAGCUCCCCGCUGCGGCCGGCGCAACGGCUGACGCCCUGGAAGGCCGCAGGGUGAGCCGCCGUCUGGCGCGCUGCGGCGCUAAGUCCGCGAGCGUGAGGAAGGAUAUCGCGUUUUACGAUAACGCGAUGACAGGUCAGCUCAAUUCCCGGUUGAACAACGACCUUAGACAGGCGGUUUCGCCCGUCAGUAUCAUCAUCAACAGUUUUUUGGCAAAUAUCGUGGUCCUUGUGAUCGGUUUCGCGAUAUGUUUCAAUCGUUCGUGGAAACUUACAGUAUUAGCAUUCACCGUCUUGUCGCCUAUGAUCCACAUCACGACGGAGUUCAGCAAGUGGGCGUCAGGGUUGAUGGCCACACAGUACACCUACCUGGCAGACGCGCAGGGGGCCGCAACACAGACCCUGACUAACAUCCGCACUGUGCAUUCGUUUUCGGCGCAGCAGAUGGAGCAAGAACAGUUUGAGCUCCACACGCGCAAGGCGAUGAAGGUCGGUCUGCGGAGCGCUUGGGGCAUGGGCGGGGCCGAUCUGUUGAGCGGGCUGGUGCAGCAGGCCGCUUCCUUCAUCGUGCUGUUCUACGGAGGACACCUAGCACUGGGCCGCGACGGCCUCGAAGUCGGCACCAUCAUUACUUUCACCCUUCUCUGGGGCAACCUGAGUAGCGCGUUCAAGAGCCUCAACAACAACCUGAAUCAGCCGGUCAAGGCUAUGAGUGCUGGUCAGCGCGUUUUCGAGGUCUUGGACCUGCAGCCCGACAUAUCCACGCAGGGGGCGGAUACGGCCCUUGGUCAACAACUCGGGCAUAUCGAAGUCAAGCUUGAUCACGUCGAGUUCACUUACCAGAGCAGGCCUGAUAAGAAGGUCUUGCAGUCCGCUAGCCUCACUCUCGCCGCUGGCAAGACCACUGCGGUGGUGGGCAAGAGCGGCUGCGGGAAGUCAACAAUCGCCAAGCUGCUAAUGCGUUUCUACGAUCCUCAGGGCGGCAGCGUCACGCUAAACGGAAUCGAUCUGAGGGACAUGCCUCUCCACAGCUUGCGGUCCAACAUCGGCAUCGUGUCCCAAGACACUCAGCUGUUCCGCCUGAGCAUCCGGGAAAAUAUCACGUACGGCCUCCGCGACGGCUCGUACGGGGAGGAGGACGUGGAACGAGCUGCGGCGUUGGCGAACGCGGAUGAGUUCAUCCGCGCCUUGCCCGAGGCGGACAUCCGAAAAGAAACCGACGUGACACCGGGCAAGAACGAUGAGGAGAAGGAGGUGGAGGGAGGGAGGAGCAGCAGCAGUAGGAACAUGACGACAAGUAUGAGGAAAUGA